CAUGGUGCUCUGAAAAGCAAUAGGCCUACAUGUUAUCCUACAACUGUGGUUGUCCAAGAUACUUUGCAGGAGAGACAAAACUGUAUGUUAAAACACCUUGAGCGUCGCUGAGUUGCGGGUACGCACGCUAUAUAUUGUAAGAAGCCACCAUUAAACUAGAUCAAAAUGGGUGAAUCUAGCGGGGACACUUUUAGCGGAGCCUUUGACUACUUGAUGUCAACUAGCUCUGCCCAUGGGCUGCCGAAUGUCCAACGAUCCAAGACUAUACUGUCCAAGACAAUUUGGUCGAUGCUCUUCUUAGGGAGUGUCACUGCUCUGCUCAUCCAGGUAAUUACGCUGAGCAAUACAUUCUUCGAGUACAACUACACGGUCAGUUUAGACGUCAAAUUCGACAGGUCGCUCCACUUUCCUGCCGUGACCAUUUGCAACUACAACCCGGUGUUGCGCUCAAAGCUUGCCGACGCCAGCGAAGAGUUUCGGACUGCCUUCGACGUUAACUUUGUCCCACCAGGUCCCCCAAAUGAGGCCGCGCCUUCCGGUCAGCAGGGAGGCAUUGAUGGCAGCCUCACAACUGAGACAUCUGAGACCCAAUCCUCCGGAGGGACGGAUCAUCCCAAUUCGGGUCCCAAUUCAGGUUCCCAACAGGUCGGUACCGCAGGGCUAGCCAACCCUAAUCCAACCACCCUUAAUCCAACCACUGCCAGCACAUCAUCUCCGGGGACUAACGCGUCCACAGCCACCACUGAGAAUGUAACUGAGGCUCUUGAGAGCUGGGAUGACCGGGAGCAGGGUGACUUCUUCAGAGAGAGAGAUCCAAGCUACCUUUUGGAGCAAACACUGAUCACGGAGCUUGCCAACAUAACGGAGCAAGAACGCAUGAUGAUGGGUCAUAGCCUGUCUACCAUGCUACUGGAUUGCAAAUGGAAAGGAUACCCCUGCUCACCUUCAAACUUCACGUCUUUCUACCAUUACAAGUAUGGCAACUGUUACACCUUCAACCAUUUUACUAAAGGAGAUUUGUUUACAAACCGACCGGGUCCCCUUUACGGUUUAUCCAUGCGUCUGUUCGUACAACAGGACGAGUACAUGCCGGAUAUAACCGAAUCGGCUGGAUUCCGACUCGUUGUCCACGGCCCUGACAAGAUGCCAUUUCCUGAGGAUGACGGCAUUGCCAUCUCACCGGGAUUCCAGACUGCCGUAGCGGCUCGUAUCAUGAAUAUUGAGCGUCUGGGCGGCCUUUACAGUAACUGCUCAGAUAGUCCAAAGAGCAAUGAUAUCUUCAAAGAGGUCUAUAAUACAACGUACAGCUUAAAGGCCUGCGAACGUAGCUGUUAUCAAAACCAAGUCAUCAAGGAAUGCAAGUGUUUCGAUCCUCACUAUCCAAACUUGCCAGACAGUGGGGUGUUUCCAUGCGAACUAACCGACGAGAAAGCUAUAGACUGUCUAACAAAACUGGAUGACAUGUACAAAAACGAUUCAUUGCAAUGUGACUGUUAUCAAGCAUGUAGUGAGACAACCUACCUGACUUCAGUGAGUUCAUCCGUAUGGCCUGCUGAUAAAUAUGAGGAUAAACUUUUCCGUGAUAUCAUCGAUCGUAAUGAGGAGGUACGGACCAACCUGAGGAAAACCUCACCGGGCGAAUGGGUCAAGCGAAACGUAGCCAAAGUGGAUGUCUUCUUUCAGGAGUUCAAUUAUCAAUACAUCAAACAGUUGCCUGCUUACGCUUUUGUAAAUUUGAUAAGCGACGUCGGCGGUCAACUUGGACUCUGGCUGGGCCUGUCCGUUCUGACAAUGUUCGAGUUUGUGGAAAGCUGCGGCUUUCUCUUCAGGGUGUGUUUCGCCAAGAUGGCACGCCGGAAAAAGACGACCUGUACACCCGUCAAGAACCUCAAGAUAUUCCCGGUCGAUAACCGAGGUGUUUCGUUGGAGCAGUUGUAAAAGUUAACUUUUCGAAAUCAAUCAUAGUUUUAUUUAUUUUAAGAAAGUUGGAUCCUGUCAAAUCUAAGUAGCUAAUAAAUUGUUGAAUAUUGUCCUUGUCUUUCAAACGAAGAGUCUUGCGUUGUUUUGUAUUUAAAAAUGAUACGCGGGCUUUGGUGAUAAUACAUAGUCUUAAAACUGACGCCCUUCUUUAUUCUUUAUGUAUAAACCUUGCACUAUGAAGUAAAACCGGCCAAUGAGAAAAAUGGUCUGAAGCAUUGAGAGAAAAUUAUUUUGAUCUUUUGAAAUCUUGGGAAAUGUUACGGAUUCUCCAAUAAUAUUUUAUGUAAAGUUUAUGUGAAAUUUUUAUAUAUAUGAGUAAAUUGUCAGUACACGAUCGUGCCUUGAUGGGGAACUGCUUGUCUGCUACCCAUUGUAAAUGUUUUAAGUAGAUUAAUCAAAUGUAUAUAUAUAUAUUAUAUCAUAGGUUUUCUUGAUCAAUUUCGGCAAACGAGCAGCCAAUUUAACCAUCAAGCUAUUCUA